AAGGACAAACCGCCUUUGUGUCAACACAGACUUCAGGGUGAAACUUUUCUACGAACGUCUUCCCGUUUGCUUGUUGUCCAGAAAAGCUGAAAAGACUCGCGCAGCCCAGCCAGGAGACGCCAAAUAGUCGUGGAAAUUACACAACACUUGCAGACUCGUCCUCUGAAGAAAAGAUGGCCAGCAAAGGAUCAAUUUCACCUGAAGAGAUGGAGGAGCUGCGGGAGGCCUUCAGCAAAGUCGAUCUGGACUGUAAUGGCUACAUCAGCACAGAUGAGCUGAACGAGCUGUUUAAAGUGGCCAAUCUUCCUCUGCCGGGAUACCGAGUUCGUGAAAUCAUCCAGGAGCUCAGUCAAACCAUGGACCAAGACAAGGACGGCAAGAUCACAUUCGACGAGUUUGUAAAGGUCUUUCAUGGGCUGAAGAGCUCAGAUGUGGCCAAAACCUUCCGCAAGGCCAUCAACAAGAAGGAGGGGAUCUGUGCUAUAGCAGGAACCUCGGAACAAUCAGGCACACAGCAUUCAUACUCAGAGGAGGAGAAGGUGGCGUUUGUAAACUGGGUCAACAAGGCCUUGGAGAAAGACCCAGACUGCCAACACGUCCUUCCCAUGGACCCAAGCACAAAUGACCUGUUCACAGCUGUGGGAGACGGCAUUGUACUCUGUAAAAUGAUCAACUUGUCUGUCCCUGACACCAUCGAUGAGAGAACCAUCAAUAAAAAGAAGCUUACACCUUUCACCAUCCAGGAGAAUCUAAACCUGGCCCUGAACUCAUCCUCAGCUAUUGGUUGCCAUGUUGUGAAUAUCGGAGCAGAGGACCUGAAGGAAGGCAGGCAACAUUUGGUUCUUGGUCUUCUGUGGCAGAUCAUCAAAAUCGGCCUGUUAGCCGAUAUUGAGAUAAGCAGGAACGAAGCCUUGAUUGCUUUGCUGAGGGACGGUGAGAGUCUAGAGGAUCUGAUGAAGCUUUCCCCUGAAGAACUGCUCCUGCGAUGGGCAAACUACCAUCUGGAGCAGGCUGGCUGCCAAAAAAUUAACAAUUUCAGCUCUGAUAUUAAGGAUUCCAAAGCUUACUACAACAUCCUGAACCAGGUGGCUCCCAAAGGAGAUGAAGAAGGCAUCCCUCCCAUCCCUAUCGACAUGUCUGGACUGAGGGAAAAGGAUGACCUGAAAAGAGCAGAGUCCAUGCUGGAGCAGGCCGAUCGCCUUGGCUGCCGUCAGUUUGUCACAGCGAAUGAUGUUGUGCGAGGAAAUCCUAAGCUUAACCUGGCCUAUGUGGCCAACCUUUUUAACAAAUAUCCUGCUCUGAAGAAGCCCGAGAACCAGGACAUUGACUGGAGCUCCAUCGAGGGCGAGACCAGGGAGGAACGCACUUUCCGUAACUGGAUGAACUCCCUUGGGGUCAAUCCUCGUAUCAACCAUCUCUACGCGGACCUGGCUGAUGCUCUGGUCAUCUUCCAGCUCUAUGAGAAGAUCAAAGUGCCUGUAGAUUGGGACAGAGUGAACAAGCCUCCGUAUCCCAAACUCGGCAGCAACAUGAAAAAGCUGGAGAACUGUAACUAUGCAGUGGAACUGGGGAAGAAAGAGGCGAAGUUUUCUCUGGUGGGUAUCGCUGGGCAGGACCUGAAUGAAGGCAACCGCACACUCACGCUCGCUCUGCUCUGGCAACUCAUGAGGAGGUAUACCCUGAACAUCCUGGAAGAUCUUGGAGAUGGGCAGAAGGUCACCGAUGACACCAUCGUCCAGUGGGUGAAUGACAUGCUCAGGCAAGCUGGAAAGAACACCAUCUCAGGUUUCAAGGAUGGAUCCAUAAGCAGUAGCUUGCCGGUGCUGGACCUCAUCGAUGCCAUCCAGCCAGGAUCGAUUCGCUAUGAUUUGCUCAAGACUGAAGAUCUUACUGAUGAAGAGAAACUCAACAAUGCAAAGUACGCCAUCUCCAUGGCCAGGAAGAUCGGAGCUCGAGUUUAUGCACUUCCUGAAGAUUUAGUGGAAGUCAAGCCCAAGAUGGUGAUGACGGUUUUUGCCUGCCUCAUGGCCCGAGGAAUGAAGAGGGUUUAGCGCGAGGAGCUAACCGAGGGAAAGAAAGUUCUUUUCUUGUCUGCUUACUAUUUUACAAUUUUUUUGCGUGCAGAUUGCAGGACUGACUAGACCAACCAGUGUUCUUUUUCUCGCUAAUAUUACCUUUAUCCAAUGUCCAAAACAUUCUUACCUAGCGUAACAGAGAUGUAUUAGUGAUCUAGAGAAGCAUAAAACCGUUUCAUGCACUCCCUGUACCAAUCAUGAGGUGAUGUGUUUAAUGCACAGGCUAAUGUUUUGAAAUCAGGAAUAAAUAAAGCUGAUAGUUUUCUAUUAAAA